GGAGGGAAAAAGGAAGAGCGAGGGAGAGAGAGAGAGAGCAGAGGAAGGUGGUAAGCAUGAGUGAAGGCCGACAGACUCAUUGAGGAUCAACAGAGAGAGAGAGAGAGAGAGCACACAUAUAAAAAUACUCAGUAGCAACGGGCACUCGCACUUGCAGCGUGACAUCUGAUUAACUGCUUGUCGAUCUCAGUUGUAUGUUGAUAACGAGCAACAGACAGUUUGACUCCGAUCUCAGUCCUGUGCAGAUGGGAAAGAGACAGUGAGAGAUAACUGACUGUUUCCGAGACUCCCUGAAAGACCUGCAGCGUUGGACAGUUGGACAAUGACUACUGCACCUAAAGAACUGGAUGAGCUGUGCUACCUCACGGCUCAGUCCAUGAAAUCACUAGUGACAUCAGAGCACUUCAAACUCAUCAAAAAGCUGGGAGAGGGGUCGUAUGGCAAAGUGAUGCUGGCGGUGCAUCAGAAGAGAGGAACCCCGAUGGCCCUGAAGUUCUUCCCCCGUCGCUCGACCACCCUCCAAGCUUUCCUGCGUGAAUACAAUCUCUCCGUCUCCUAUUGCACACAUCCUUCUCUAACGCGGGCUCUGGGCAUCUUCUACUCUACACCUUCUCACUACGUCUUUGCGCAGGAGGCUGGUCUCUACGGCGACCUGUAUGAUGUCAUUGUGUCAGAGGAGGGGGUGAGCGAGGAGUGUGCGCAGCGUGUGAUGUCUCAGUUGAGUGGGGCUGUGUCUCAUCUCCAUUCUCUUGGCUUCGUGCACCGUGACAUCAAGCCAGAGAACAUCUUCUUGUGUGACCGCGCUUGCCGCUGGGUCAAGCUGGGUGACUUUGGCCUGGCGCGAGCACAGGGGACCGAGGUUCGUGCCGUCUGGUACAACUCCCCUUUCUGCGUACCUGAGGUGGAGGCCGCCAAGAGAGUCAGCGAUGCAGAGGAAGAAACGGAGGACAUCUGGAUGCCCGUGGAGCCCAGUUUGGAUACUUGGGCUUUGGGGGUUCUCAUAUACUGCCUGCUGACGAGCUGCUUCCCCUGGGAGGAAAGCACUUCUGAUGACCCUUCCUACUGCAAAUACAGAGACUGGUUCAUCCGAAUCCAACAGAAAGAGGAGACACAAAACACAGUGAGAGAGGAGAACGAGACUGAAAUUGAUGUGCCCUCCCAGUUUGACUCUUUAAGCUCAUUCAUUCUCACCUUGCUGAGAAAGCUCCUGAACCCGCAGCCCCGGCUUCGCCCUGGGUCUGAUGAGAUCCUGUCGUACCUCGGUGGACCCUGGUUACUGAAGACAGAGAAAGAGGAGUUGAGGAGAGAGAAGGAGGCACAAGAGGAGGCCAAGAAGAUGCAGGAGAGAGGAGGGGUGGAGAGGGGAAAAGAAAUACUGGGAAGGAGGGAGAGAUAAAGUUAAUGUACGACAGCAAUAUUAUAAACAGAUGUACUGUAUUUUCAAGAUUUUAUAUUAGUGUUUAUAUUUUACACUUUUAGUUUUUUAUAUCAAUAGAAUAGUUUUAUUAUAAAACUGGAGACAUAAGAAAAUACCUGGAUGUGUACGUAGACUAUUUUCAAACAGAUGUAAUUUUUUUGCAGACACUUGGACAGUGUCUGAGAACAGUAGUAUUGCGUUUGAGAACAAAUGAUCAAACUAAGCUGCAUUUAUUUCAAAGAAAGAUACUAAAAAGAUUUGUCAUUAUAAAUUAGAACAUUCUAAAUAUAUGAUAAUUAUAUACAUAUAAUUAUAUAUUUUAGAAUUCUAUUUAGAAUUAUACACCCUUGUUCAAAAGUUUGAGGACUGUAAUGAUUAUUAUUUUAUUAUUAUUAUUAUUAUUAAUAGUAGUAGUAUCUGGACAUGGUUAAGUAGACGAUUUUUCAUACAAGAAUGGCUUAGUAUUCUGAUCCUUUGACCACAAUAAUUCAGUGUUUCUUAUAUUGAGCUGGUAACACUAAAACCAACAAUACUUCAAUUACCAACCAGUUUUUCUCAGGUGCAAUGUGUAAGUAUUCACUCAACACAGAGAGGCAAAUAGUUACUGAGGCGAUGUAGAAUAAUAAUGCUCAUCAGAUGUGGGUGGAAUACAUAACGUCUCUACCUCAAACCAGUUGUUUUGAUGUACAUAGCAAUGCAUACCUGUUUAUACUUGUUUGAAUAAACUUGUUUGACUCAUUAA